GCGGAAUGACUCUGGUGUCGGCCAAGGCCAGCUGGGCGCAUCCCGAGCGCUGCGGGAGCAGAACCCGGCCCCGGUCGGGCGAGCCUACGGGACAGCAAACCAACAGAAACGGACAAAAACCCGCCUCCGUCCAGCCCAUUCCAGCUCCCAAAGGGUUCCCUUCAGGAUGCAGCGGAACUACUCCAUUGGAUUCCUGAGACUAGAUCUUGACGGGAGGCGCCUGGGAUCCCAGGUUCAAGAACUUGUCCUGGACAACUGCAAAUCAAAUGAUGGAAAGAUUGAGGGUUUAACAGCUGAAUUUGUGAACUUAGAGUUCCUCAGCUUAAUAAAUGUAGGCUUGAUUUCAGUUUCAAAUUUCCCAAAACUACCGAAAUUGAAAAAGCUUGAGCUCAGUGACAAUAGAAUCUUCGGUGGUCUGGACAUGUUAGCUGAGAAACUUCCAAACCUCACACAUCUAAACUUAAGUGGGAAUAAGCUGAAAGACAUCAGCACUUUGGAGCCUUUGAAAAAAUUGGAAUGUCUGAAAAGUCUGGAUCUGUUUAACUGUGAGGUCACCAACUUGAAUGAUUACCGAGAGAGUGUCUUUAAGCUCUUGCCCCAGCUGACUUACCUGGAUGGCUACGACCUUGAGGACCAGGAAGCCCCUGACUCCGAUGCUGAGGUGGAUGGUGUAGAUGAGGAAGAGGAGGAGGAAGAAGGAGAAGAUGAGGAAGAUGAGGAUGGGGAGGAGUAUUUUGAUGAAGAGGAGGAUGAAGACGAAGAUGAAGAUGUGGAAGGGGAAGACGAUGAAGAUGAAGUCAGUGGGGAGGAAGAAGAGUUUGGCCAAGAUGGAGAAGUUGAUGAAGAUGAAGACGAUGAGGAUGAGGAUGAAGAUGAAGAGGAGGAGGAAAGCGGUAAAGGUGAAAAGCGGAAGAGAGAAACAGAUGAUGAAGGAGAAGAUGAUUAAGACCCCAAAUAACCUGCAGAAAAAGAACUGUUCAGUAUUGGUUGGACUGCUCAUAAGGAUUUGGUAGCUGUUUAAGUUUAAAAAAAAGUAGCUGUGAUUCAGAACCCCAGGACACCUGCCCACCCAAAGAGCCAAAGACUAGUUCCUGAGACAUUCCACCUUCCUCUCUGUAGUCCCUCUUGGAUAUCCACCACCAAGCCUGGGGACUUCGCCCCACCACAAUUGUAAACAUUGUUAGGUGUCCCUGUGAGACUUCGCUAUAGUCGGGGUAGCUGUGACCAGUGAGUCUUGAGCCAUUCAUGGCUGCCAGUUACACUGAGAUUGUAACCACAUUUUUACUUUCUGUACAACAAAGAAGCUUUGUAAAUAAAAUCUUAACAUUUUGGGUCUGUU